UCAGAAAAGCGAUAGUAGACAGCCGGCGACUUUGUCCGGAAGUAUUGCCAAAUAUAUAUUUUGUUUAUUAGUAUUAAAAUAAUAAUGGAGGAAAUAUUAUCGAAGUUACUUGUAGCUGACAACACAUCUAUUCAGCAGAUAAGGCAAUAUGCAGCUAUAUUGUUAAGAAAGCGUUAUACUAAAGAAAAACAUUGGUUAAAAUUAUCACAACAUAUACGGACUCAAUUGAAGGCAAUACUUUUACAGGUAUUAGUUAAUGAAUCAGAAAAAAUAGUAAAGAAUACAAUUGCACAGUUAACAGGUAUAAUUGUAAAACAUGAAUUACCUAAUUAUGCGUGGCCAGAAAUGUUGCAGCUUAUACAACAAUUAAUUACCAGUGAAAAUUUAAUGAAUAAAGAGUUGGGGAUGUAUACAUUGUCAAUUAUGACUGAAAUUGCACCUGAUGUCUAUCUUACACGUGCUGUAUCACUUACAAUUCUUUUGGGACAAACAUUGAAUAAUUUGCAUGACUUAAGGCAUCCUAUAGCGUAUUAUACUUUAAAAAUAUUGCAGAAUCUUAGUCCCUUGAUUAAUGGGAAUCAAAUGAUGGUAAAUAUUUAUCAUCAAAUGAUGCCACAAAUAAUGACCACAAUUCAGUAUCUUACUACUUCUAAUGAAGAUAAAGCUAUUACAUGUUUUGAAUUAUUAGAUGACCUAUGUGAAAAUGCAAUUGCUGUGAUAACACCACAUGUCAAUCCUCUUGUCAAUAUGUGCCUUGUUAUUGCUCGUAACAAAGCAUUAGAUGAUGCUCUGAGAGUUAAAGCAGUUACUUUUAUUGGUUGGUUAACGAGAACAAAAAAGAAAACUGUAAUCAAACAUAAACUUAUUGAACCAAUUUUAGAUAUGUUGUUUAAUCUUAUGUCUACAAGACCCCAAGAUGAUGAUAAUGAGAUCUAUUUUAGCAGUGAUAAUGAAGACAAUACUCCUGUAACAUGUGCUACUCAAACUUUAGAUCUACUUGCACUUCAUUUACCUCCAGAGAAACUAAUACCUCACCUGUCACAAUAUAUAGAACCUAGCUUGCAAAGUAGAGAUAUAUAUGCAAAGAAAGCAGCAUACUUGACAAUGGCCGUACUAGCAGAAGGUUGUUCAGAAUAUAUUCGUACAAAAUGUCUCGAACAUUUCUUACAUCAUACAUUUCAAGGAAUUAGUGAUUCUGACCCUGUAGUGCGUAAUGCUGCACUCUUUGCCCUCGGGCAGUUUUCUGAACACUUACAGCCAAACAUUUCUCAAUAUUCACACGAAUUAUUACCAAUAUUAUUUGAAUAUCUUAGUCAACUAUGUGCUCAUAUUAAGCAAAAAAACAAAGAGCCAACUUCGGUUAAUCGUAUGUUUUAUGCGCUGGAAAUGUUUUGCGAAAAUUUAAACGAAAGCUUUUUACCGUAUUUACCAACUUUAAUGGAAAGGCUUUUUGAUAUCUUGAGUGUAGAUACUACAGUCCAUAUUACAGAACUUGCCUUAAGCGCUAUAGGUUCAGCAGCUAUGGCGAGUAAAGAGUAUAUGUUACCAUAUUUUGAAAAGAUUAUCACUAUUCUCGAUAAUUAUCUUUUAGACAAACAAACAGAAGAAACUAUGUGUCUUCAAGUACAAGCAGUUGAUACUCUUGGGAUAAUUGCAAGAACAAUAGGUAAUACAAAUUUUGCCCCUUUGGCUGGUAGAUCUCUUAAUUUUGGAAUGAAAUUAUUGAGAGAAACAGAAGAUCCGGAUUUAAAAAAGUCAAUUUAUGGAUUGAUUGCAUCAGUUAGUACAACAAUGAAAAAAGAAAUUGCUGGUGCUUUGCCAGAAAUCAUUGAAUACAUGAUUACAAGUAUACAAAGUUCAGAAGGCAUAGUACCACAGUUUAAACAGGAUGAAAUUUCUACCUUCCCAGUUUAUGAAGAAGUUAGUGAAAAUGAAAAUGAAGACGAAGAUAUAGAAAACACAGAUAAUGAAGACGAUGAUGAUGAUGACGAUGUAGCAGGUUAUAGUGUUGAGAAUGCAUACAUUGAAGAAAAGGAAGAAGCAAUUCUAGCUUUAAAGGAAAUUGCAGAGCAUACAGGAGAAGCAUUUGUACCAUAUCUUGAAAAAUCUUUUGAGGAAACUUUUAAAUUAGCCAAUUAUCCACAAGAAGAUAUUCGUAAGGCUGUGAUUGAUGCUCUCCUACAGUUUUGUAUCAACUUUUCUAAAAUUAAUACCAACGAAGGAAAGCAAGCAUUGUUAAAAGCUCUCUCUGUAUUUGUUCCAAAAUUAUCUGAAUUGAUAAGAUUAGACGAUGAUCGAACAGUAGCUAUUAAUGGUUUAGAUGCUUCUGCAGAACUUCUAAAAGAAGUAGGAUCAAUUGUUGUUAUUGGAGAAGGUCAUAAAGAGGCUAUUACGAAUUGUAUUACUGAUAUUAUGUUAGGAAAAACACAGUGUCAACAUCACGAAGAAGGAGAAAGCUUAGAUGUUGAAGCUGAACAAGAUGAAUUGCUUGUGGAAUCUGCGGGUGAUGUAUUAUGUAAUCUCGGAAAAGUAAUCUCACCGGAAGACUACGAGCUGCAUUUUAAAACUGUACUGCCAAUGCUUUUAGAAAGAUUGAAAAAGAAUAAAUCCGAAGGUCAAAGAUCUUUCGCAGUUGGUACAAUUUCAGAAUGUUUUUCAGGACUUAAACAUAGAGUAGCUAAUUUCAUAUGUCAGUUACUUCCUUUAUUUUUGAAACUUGCAAAUGAUUCAAGCGGUGAAAUUCGAAAUAAUGCAAUAUAUGGAAUUGGUGAACUUGUAUUGCAUGGCAAAGAUGCAGUUUAUAUGUAUUAUACGGAUAUCUUAUCCGUUCUAUCAAACGCAAUUUAUAAAGAAUCACAUACAGCAGCUCGUGAUAACAUAGCUGGAGCAAUUGCACGACUUAUCAUCGUUAAUUACUUGAACAUACCACUUGAUCAAGUAUUUCCAAUUUUUGUUAAACAAUUACCAUUGAAAGAAGAUUUCGAAGAAAAUAAGGCAGUUUUUAAAAGUAUUUUAACAUUAUAUGAAGCUGGUCAUCCUAUUUUACACCCACAUAUGGAAACAUUACUCGAAGUUGCAGUUAAUAUAAUACAUGAAAAUACUGCUACUGAUGAUGAAGCAAAAAGUAUUGUUAUGGAAUUUAUUAAAUCUGCUCAGCGGGAUUUUCUAGAUGAAUGGAAUUCUAUGUAUGUCAGACUUCCAAUAGAAGUUGCGACAAAUAUUCCAUAUCUUUUUUCCUAGAUUUCAAUGUGAGGUUGAGAAUUAUUAUUUUUGAUUACAAGAAACAUAUGGAUUGAUAGAUGAAGAUUUAUUUUUGAUUACAAGAAACAUAUGGAUUGAUAGAUGAAGAU